AUGGUUUGUGCAAAGUCCUUCUCUGGUAGAAAGGACGAAUGCCCCUACACUCACUUGCGAGAAUUCGCGGAGAAUUGUUCUCUCUUCAGCAUUCCCGGAAUGAACCAAAACACCCUACGGUGGAAGCUUUUCGCGUUCUCUCUGAAGGGAAAUGCGAAAAUUUGGUAUAACUGGACUGUAGUGAGAGUUGGAGGAGAUUGGAUUCAGCUUAAGGAUGAGUUUGGCCUGUUUUUCUUCCCUGUCUCCAAGGAGGAGAUGCUGAUGCAACACUUUGUUUACGGCCUUAACCCGGAAAGCGAGCAUUUCUUGAAUCUCGCCUCCGAGGGAUCUGUCAUGUAUAAGACAGUGUCUGAAGCAAAGACCGUCCCAGAGAGGGUCCUUAACUCUACUCAGUACACAGACGUCUUUGACGAUCCUCCCUGA